AUGAAAAGGAGAAGUUCAAAUAGCUGUGUUUCCACUCAGCUUAAUGAUUGUUUUGAAUUGGCUGAGAGCUCUCUGGGCAGCAGUAACCAUGGGUCAAAUUCGGAAGAUUCUCCAUCAUUAGCUGGAAGCAGUGUAGAGAGUAGGCAAUCACGAGGUCAAGAUGGAGUAUUCAAAAGCCUGCGCAGGAGGCUCACUACGAUUUCGCGACAGUCAUCGAAAUCUGUAUCGGCUGUCGUUCCUUUCAACAGUGGAUCCGAAGAUGAAAAAGAAAAGAAUCACAUCUCAGUAGUACAAAAGGCACGAGCGCCACAUUAUCGAUGUGUUCCACUCCCUCCUGGCUUCAUUCCAUCAGAGGUGCUGAUGAUACUAGACCAUCAAGAUCAGUCCGUUUACUCCACCGAAGCUGGAGAUGCAGCAGCUGCAAUCAGAUCUGAGAAAGUAGGCAAUCAAAGUCCAGCAGAGACAACUGAAGACGAUGUGAAUGGUAACACUAGCAUUUCAAGUGGGUUGCACAAAGUGAAGAAGGGUGUUUUGUAUAAUAACUGGGUCGAUCCAAAAUUUUAACAUUUCUUCCGAGAGCGGUUGCUGAAAGAAUUUUAUGUAUUAAUUUAUUUAACAAAGGAAAAUCAUUAAUUCAAUUUAUAAGUUAACUUUAAUAUAAAAAAUUUUUAUAUAUAAGCGGGCCUAGGAUAAGCACUGACCGAUUUCCUAAACAAGCGCCAAAGGCGCAAGCUUAUAGUGGGGUCCGGGAGCAUGUUGCCACGGGAAAAUUUUUAUUUUUUACUCCCUAAAGUCCCCUUUCCUGGGCUUCUGAGUCAUUCAGACAGGAUAAAGACCCUAACUUUUGGGCAGGGGUUUAAACCCGUAACCUCCCGCUCAGCAGACCGCCGCUCUCCCAUCUGAGCUAACUUGGUGGCAGUGUGAAGAGAAACCCCUGGAGAGAAAUCGUGAAAAAACCAAAUCUAUUGUGCUACACAGAACAAUCAACGAGAUUGUAUCUAUAUAGCUAACAAAUGUUCCGGUCCUCCAUUUCUAAUUUUUUUGGAUCCGCCCCUGUAGACGAUCUUUAGACCCAAUUUGUUUGGCGAGUGUUUCGACGGAUUAAAAAAAUACCCUGGAACAGGUAAGUUUUAAUGAAUUCAAUUAAUUGCAGUAAUUGCAAUUGAACAGUUGCUUGAGGUAGGUGUUUCAGGUGUUGAAAUCCACCCAUACCUUACUCCAUAUCGUUACUGGCUUUAUAAAUUGGCCAAGAUCUCUUACCCUAAUCAGAUAGUCACUUGAUUAAAGAGCACCAUAAUUUGAUUACGCGAUUCAAGAUAAAUAUUUCGAGUCUAGGGGCAAAAUGAAACAUGCCAAUCACCAGAAUGCGUAAACAGGCUUCUAUUCUUGAAUAAACUUUCACUGAUCGAACUGACUCUCUUUAGCUAAGCUGCCACACCAACGUUACGCUUACGAUAUCACGAAAAUACAAAAAUUCGUAAUACUCAGUGCAAAAAAGUAGUUAUUCCAAAAAAUAAACGAGAAAGGAUUCCGCAAUCUAAAUUACGAGUUCGCAGGCUCAUAACUGUAACAACUGUGAAUAUAGUCACGGGCGAAUUGAAAUCAUAAAAAAGAUAAAAGCAAUAACCUUACAUUUAUUUGUAAAAUUAUUUUUACAGCUUUGCACUUUGUUAAGAGAAUUCUACAGUUGCAGCUAACUUGAAGAUAACACAAACCACAAAUUAAAUCAUACUAAUGAAUAAUUUACUUGAAUAAAGACGUCAAGAUAAUUGACCAAGAAAGGAUAAAGGGGACAGAGAAGGCAUCCCCCAUACACACCCUAUUCCAUAGAACAGGAGGGCAUUUUGCAUGCGCAUUCGUCAAUAUGGGCUGUUGAAGUUCCACAGAGGCAUUUUCUGUGAAUUGUUUACGUUCAGUACCAGCAUUUUCAGGCUGUUUUCUGGAGCUGAAUGACGUGUAUUGGAUGCUACGUUCUUCAAACAUGUUAUUUAAGGUAUCGAGGUAUUUCUACGAUGAAAGUGAGUUUAUUGUAGCCUUGCUCUAGCCCUUGAGAGGACAGUCUUUCCUUUCGUAAAACAGUGCAUCGAAGACAAGAUGGCGGCUGAAUGUUCUUACCACCUAACAUUUCGCGCACAUUUUUUGAGCAGGAGGAAAAGGUCAGUAUGAUAGUUUUUCGUUAAACAAUUAUCCUAUAGAUACUUAAUUCUUCUCAUUAGUAUAACUCUAAAAUCGAACUUAAUCAUUUCAGGAAUACAGCUGUUAAUUAAGUGUCCAUUCUGCCGUGAAACUGUUUUUCACCCUUUCUCUGGCUUGUUUAUCUCGAAAUCUUGCCUUUCUCCCCAAAUUAAGUUAAUGAUUAAUGAAACUAAGAAUACUUCCGCAAAUGAAUGGCGCUUUGAUGAAGGCUGUGAAAAAUCGCCUUCUGCAGUAAUUUUAGCUUUCUUCUCCGGUACGUCUUCGUUAAGAAAUAAAAUACACGCACUUCAACUAUAAAUUUAAAUCAAUAUAAUGAUGCCAGUAAGAUUGUGGUUUGAAAAUAAGAAUAUUCUAUCAUUUAGUUAUACAAAGGAAAAAAAAUUACACCAAUCGGUUUGAAUUCUGAUUUUUUCCACCUUAUUUUGAUGGUACACUGUUUGUUUACAUUUAUUAUGCAAAUAAAUAUAACAUUUUGGCGUUUUAAAGAAAAUCUAGCCUAACUCCCCAACCCCAAAAUAGCACGAAAUGAAACGUUAUCAAUACACCUUUUGAAUAAAUCCUGGCUUCUGUUGCAAAAAAAUCGCAUUUAUUUCUAAAUGAUACCAUUUUGUGGAUACUACAUUUGUUGAUAUGCUAAUUUGUGAGACAUUUCAUUCACGAAGGAUGUUGACUGAGACCAGCUUCUCCUCUGUAAUGAACCACAUUCUUGUUUAAUGCAUCAGUUUCUGUUUGAUAAUUCUUCCAUGAUGUACAACUGACAUAAGGGGUUCAUCUGGAUACAGUAAAAAGCUCUCAACAGAAACAUUAAUAAUAGACAAAUUCAUCCAUCCAUUUGUGUCAUGUUUGUUGUCGCAUCCCAGCUCAUUUGGGUCCUUUAGCAGAAGUAUUUAUUUUUUGAGGAAACAGCUUUAUAUGCACCCUUUAACAAACUUCCUUUCUUACCUUUAAACAGGUUUUGAAGGUGAACAACAUCGUCAGUUAGAUUUAGGAGUGAUGGCCAUUCUCUGUUUUGAAUGGAUCACUACUGUCAUCAAAUGUAAAUUAAUAACAAGAAAUUGAUUGUGGAACACAGGAGCUGUUACUCAAGAGUCGCUUCAAAAUAGAAGCUUGGGAAAAUCUCUGGAUCUUUUAGAGUUAAAGAAAAAUAAAAGUAGUGUUCGUUUUUUUGAAGUAUGUGCAUUCGUUUUGUCUGCAACUGAGCUUAUGAAAUGCUAAAGUGAUUAUGUACUACAUAAUCACUUGCAAUUGUUGCUGUCUCAAACUCAAUCCAUUCUUCAUUUCCUAUAGAAUAUUUUUUAUAAAUUUUUCCGCGAAAACUUUCGAAAAAGUGUAAAAACCCCAUAGAUUUCAUGUUUUGUGGCAUAUAUAAGCGCGUGUCUCUGCGAUCAGUUUAACAUGAGACAUCGCGGUAAUAAAUAAACCUCGCGUUGUUAUAUUUUUUUGCUUUUUGUCUUAAGGCAGCUGAACAUUGCUACGAUGCAUUUCCUCCCUGAUAAGUAAAACCGCGAGUUCGGAAAUCGAACCAUAGAAAUGCAUUGCUUUGCAGUGAAAAUCAGACUUAUACAGGAAGAUGACUUUUUGGCGUUGAGUCUUGAAAGUCUUUAAAAGGCCAAGAAAACCUACUGCUGAAAAAUCUAAAAGUGAAAACCCGUGUAGAAAACGUCCGAUUGUAGGAAAGUACGGUAUUCAAACCAACGAAAUGGCUUUUAAAAGGACUGUAACUUUACGCGCGAGUUUUCGAUUUCCCGCCAUUAGAUUUGAUGCGUCUACGCUAUUAUCGUUCAGCGGAUUCACGCAUGCGCAUGCAAAAUGCCCUCCUGUUUUCCAUAGGUAAUUCGUCUCGAGUUAUUUCUCAUCCUCGGAGACCUAGGGGCAGUCAGUCGGGUCGGGAGAAAAGGCGGGACGAAAGUUUUCAUUACGGACGAAAGAGCCCCUGGGUACCGACUCUCACCGGACCAUUUCCAAAAAUUCAAGCGGAUGCCGACUCCUGAUUGGGCACCAAAAAUGCUUUGUAUUAUUGUGCCCAAUCGUCGAACACAUCUAAAUGAGUUCUUUUUGUGUGUUCGUACAUGAAGGCUAUUGUCUCGAUCACGGCUUGUCUAGCUCAUGCACCAAAGAAAUGCUCGCAGUCAGGAAACUUUCAGUUUUGAUAUAAAAUCCCCAUUUGAUCCAACUCGCUUACUUUGUCAAUGCAAGCGAACUCUUCUGGAGCUGAAUUUCUAUCAACCAUAUCCAAGUUCAUGAAGAGAAUGAAUUUUGUUAUUGUUUGUUUACGCCCUUCACAAAACGUGAAAUUAGGCAUUUUCACGGGUAGUCGUGCAGUUGACGGUAAAGAAAUGUACAAAAAAGCGUGAUACACGUGCAAAGUUGUUGUUUUGCCUUGUCAAGCUAUUACUUAUUUGAAUUUUUCAUCGCCGCCGAAUCUUAAUUGUGAUCCGUCAAAAACAGAAUAUUCUCGGGGCAAAUUCAAUUGCUCUUGCUGAUAGUAACCCAAACGCUUUUUCAACUCAUCGGUAGUUCCUUUGUUUCUGGCUAGGAAAGUAGAAAAUAAAAGUUUCCUUUGUACGCGCAAGCUUGGUGAAUGAACCUGGCAAGUGUGACGAGACAAUAGUCGUCGUGUACGAACUCACGAAAAGAACUCAAGAGAAACUGUUCGCCGAUUGGGCACAAUAAUGCAAAGCAUUUUUUGUGCCCAAUCAGGAGCCGGUAUCCGCUUGAAUUUUUGGAAAUAGUUCGGUGAGAGUCGGUACCCAGGGGCUCUUCCGCCCUUACUUGAAAGCUUUUAUCUCGCCUUUUUUCCCGACCCGACUGACUGCCCCUGGGUCUCCGAGGNUUGCCUUGUCAAGCUAUUACUUAUUUGAAUUUUUCAUCGCCGCCGAAUCUUAAUUGUGAUCCGUCAAAAACAGAAUAUUCUCGGGGCAAAUUCAAUUGCUCUUGCUGAUAGUAACCCAAACGCUUUUUCAACUCAUCGGUAGUUCCUUUGUUUCUGGCUAGGAAAGUAGAAAAUAAAAGUUUCCUUUGUACGCGCAAGCUUGGUGAAUGAACCUGGCAAGUGUGACGAGACAAUAGUCGUCGUGUACGAACUCACGAAAAGAACUCAAGAGAAACUGUUCGCCGAUUGGGCACAAUAAUGCAAAGCAUUUUUUGUGCCCAAUCAGGAGCCGGUAUCCGCUUGAAUUUUUGGAAAUAGUUCGGUGAGAGUCGGUACCCAGGGGCUCUUCCGCCCUUACUUGAAAGCUUUUAUCUCGCCUUUUUUCCCGACCCGACUGACUGCCCCUGGGUCUCCGAGGAUGGUUAUUUCUAGAAUCGGGAUAAAGAUACCUCGCGCGCUGCGUGGAUGUUUCGUGGAGGUUUCGCAUGACUAAACGCCGUGCAAAACAUGUCGGGUGAAAGGCAAUGAAAGCGUAAAGAGAUCGAGAGCUUUUCUGAAUAUUGAAGCGAAAUGAGUCGGCGCUCACCUGGGAAAAGGGAAUCGCUGGACUCUUUGACAACCCGUGAAAUAAGUUUAACUCGAAGUUGUCGCAACUUCAGUGCUUUAAUAUAAUGAGAAAUUUCGCCGGUCUAUUGAAACCGGUCGUUUGUACAAUAUAGCAAGUAGGACGCCAAGUGUUAUUUUUGUUGAAUAAUAAACGACUAAUAAAAGAAUAAAUAUCAAACCAGAAAUUGCUCUCUUCAAACUGUGAAUAAUAAAUGAUUCUGAGAGAAUAUUCAGUGUGUUAAGGAUCUCCCUGAUGCACUGUUAGCUCUAUACAAGAGAGGAAGGGCGAUUCUUUUUUAAUUUCCAUUUCGCUGACACCGCUUUAGUAGAAAUCUCUCUUUAGUCGUUUUCGUCGACAAAACGAAUAGCACUAUCGCUCUCCGCGUCUUCCGCCAUUUUUUUCAGCGUCAAUUCGUGAACGACGCGCGGCUCUGAACGUGGGUCAUCCACGCGGAACACAUUCGCGCUAUGUGAUUGGUUGUUGUCUAAUCCCCCUUGGGAUCUGUGGUCUUAAAAAUAACUCGAGACGAAUUACCUGUGGAAUAGGGUGUGUAUGGGGGAUGCCUUCUCUGUCCCCUUUAUCCUCUCUUGAAUUGAAUUAUGACUAGCCCAGGGACAUUUUUUGCUUUUAGGUGGCCGCGGCCACCCUGUAGCAGUCCUAUGUUUGUUUUUUUUCUGUUAUUUUUACCUGUAUCAAACGGCCACCCUGGGUCGAACUUGAAACAUUUUUGGGAGAACUUGUUUACCUUGCGGUAGAAAUCUGUCAUCGGUCGACAUUGCUAAGUGCGAUGCACAGGUCACAGGUUGGCCGAAAAUCGGCAAAAAUAUCAAAGAUGCCGUAGUGCUUGGGCUGGGCAGGCAGAUUUUGGAAAACUCGAUCUAAACAAAAGGAGGAUAAAUCACAUAUCCUUCAACUAUAUUAUCGCAUCAAAAAUGCGGACACCACAUGAUCAGUAGCCUGAGAAAACAGCCGACUUUGGCGACGUUAGGCUAACUGGUUUCCACGCCAAAUGACGUCUGAGAAACGAGUGCAGAAAUUCCACACUGAUGACGCGUCACUACCCAGAUCUGGGUAGUAACGCGUCAUCAGUAUGGAAUUUCUGCGCUCGUUUCUCAGACGUCAUUUGGCAGGGAAACCAGUGGUAGCGUCGCCAAAUGCCGGCUGUUUUCUCAGGCUACAUGAUCAGUUCAUUUCAAAAUGGAUGCGGUAGUGGAGGAAGCGUGGCAAGCACCAAUGUUUCGAAAAUCAAACUUGUUAUAUUUUUACUGCCUAGAUGUUUUGACCUGACUGGGACCAGAUUACCUUUCUUGAAGCUGAAAUGUUGUUUUGAGCAUGUGAGUUUUCCUCAAUCUCUUUCGGAAAGGCGAAUAGUUGUUUUCCCUAAGAGCGAGCUUCUGCUCGACAAAGUGAAAGAUCUGAUCGCGCCCUGUGUUAUCAGGAUUAAAUCCAGUGUAGUAUUUAGGUAAGAAAAGUAAAUCUACUGUUUGUCUUUGUUAAGAGUGAUUUGUUAUGCGCAUUUUUAAUGAUAACGAUUUGCAGUUUCACCCAGAUGAGGUGGAAGACGAUGAGGAAGUUUUGCUGAUAUGGGAUUUCGAUGUGGACAAUGUGCUUCUUUCUUUGACUGCCUCUCAGAGUGCAAUUAAAGCCAAAUUUCUUCUUCAAUGACUUCUAUCCUUUCUAUGGCUUAUUUAGAUCUACAAAGAGUGAAAUGCGACUGCAGCAUGUCGUCGCAUCAAGGGAAGGUCUUGCUUGCAUUUCCCACUUCUAAGAAAACACAAACAGCCAUCUCAUCAUUGCAAAAGCUGUUGUUGACGGACAAGAGCGAAGAGGAAGACGACACGGAGGAAGAAAUGGAACAAGAGCAAAAGAUGGAACAAGAGGAGGAGGAGCAGAUUUUAUAG